AUGUUCUUCCGGUCUUUGCGAACUGAGUUCCGUUUACCGUUCACUUCCUUCAGUCCUAUUCCCGUGGCCCGGUUCGACGCGGAGUGAAAUAUUGUUCAUUUUAAACGUUAUAUAUAUCGUGUGCCUAAACGCGAUGCAACAAAUGAAACGUCUUUUAGAUGUGUAUGUGGCGCUGCAGGCUCUGUUUGCGUUGUCAUGUUGUUUUUCCGACGCAGAGCCGGGGCCUGUAGCAGGUUCUCAGUCAAACGGAGACCGCUUCAGAAUCGAAGGACGAGCGAUUGUUCCCGGAGUCAAAACACAAGACUGGAUCUCCACAGCCCGAAUCCUGGUGGAAGGAGAGGAAUAUGUUGGUUUUCUCAAGACUGAUGGGAGCUUUGCUGUCAACGAUGUGCCUUCUGGCUCAUAUGUGGUUGAAAUCGUAUCACCAUCUUUCAGAUUUGAUCCUGUUCGUGUGGAUAUUACCUCCAAAGGGAAAAUGAGGGCACGCUUGGUGAAUUACAUCAAAACCUCUGAAGUUAUCAGACAGCCGUACCCUCUUCAGAUCAGAUCCAGUGGUCCACACACGUACUUCAUGAAGCGAGAAACCUGGGGCUGGACUGAUUUUCUGAUGAACCCAAUGGUCAUGAUGAUGGUUCUUCCCUUAUUGAUCAUCGUCCUGCUCCCAAAGGUGGUAAAUACGAAUGAUCCUGAGAUGAGAAAGGAAAUGGAGCAAUCUAUGAACAUGUUGAACCCUAACCCAGAAUUGCCAGAUGUUUCUGAAUUCAUGACUAAAUUGUUCUCCAAGGGCUCCAGUAAGUCUAGCGGAGGCAACAAAGGCACCAGAAGUAUUGCUCCGAAGAGGAGGUAGUGCCGUGAAUUUUGUCGAUUUUCUUUAACACUGUUUUACUGGGUUUCCUCUUUUAUAUAUAUAUGAACAGUUUCUUUUUCAACUGAAAUGCUUGACAAAGCAAGACUGGGUUUGCACUGUACUACUUUUCCAUGCUUAAUUGUCUUCUUUGGAUGCAUUGUUAAUAAUCAGAUAAUUUUAGUCAUUGUGAUGAUACUCUGAAAACUAUAUAUAAAAUGUAUUAAUGGAUAAAACCAAUACAGAUCAAGCAAGGCAUGAAUGUCUUUUUUGUUUUAGAGCACAAUUAGGAUGUUUUAACUUUAAAAGUAGAAUGAGUGAGAAAGUUUGGUCAAGAUUUCUCUUCCAAGAGGAGACGAUUGCAGAGAUAUUCAGUUUUGCUAUAACAUUUCCAUACUGUGUAAUGCAAUUAACAUGAUAAUAGUCUAUGCUUUUACUGCUGCUGCGCUAAAGAUCACACAGAUAUGAUUCCUUCACAGAAUUGAAGUCAAUGCAGUUUCACCUCAGUUAGGACUUGAAUAAAAGUGAGAAUUAAAUCUUCAAAAGUAAAAUUUAGCAUGUUGUUGAUUUGGCUGUUUAGUUCUUUAGGUUGAUGCAAUAGCUGCAUUAAGGCUGAAUAACAACCCAAAUUCAGAUGUAGAAGUUAGUACUUACUGUAUGUAGUUGUUUUGCUCCGUUUGUUUCACGCAUUUUAGGAUAUUUCCGAAACACACAAGUUUAAGGGUGAAGAUAGAUGCAAAAUAUAUAUGAGGGUCCAUCUUUGCUGUGAUUCCAUGUGUAUUUCCAGACCAGUCCAAGGAGGUGAUGUUGACCCCAAUUUUGUUUAAUAACUACUUGAAAUAAAGCUUUUAGGUUAGAACAUUUACUAUAUCUUGUUGGGUUUGUACAAGACUGUGAAUGAAGAUGAGAAAUGCAUAAGAUUUAAGCUAUGAAGUAUAAUAUUUAAACUGAAUGGAAAUAAACUGGUGGAAAAUA